AUGGGAUAUAUAGUGGAACAAAAAGGAUUAACGAUAAGGGAAAACAAUAGAGUAGGAUGUCAUUAUGGGGUUACAAGUGGAUCUAAGGUAGUAGAAGAUGGAUAUGAGUUUUUCGCUAAACGCCAGCUAGUGACGCUUUUUUCGGCUCCAAAUUAUUGUGGGGAAUUUGAUAAUGCCGGAGGUAUGAUGAGUGUGGACGAAACACUUAUGUGCUCAUUUCAGAUCUUGAAACCAUCCGAGAAAAAGGCGAAAUAUCAAUAUGCUGGCAUGAACAGUGGUCGUCCUUUACAAUCGCCUCAACGAGCUGGGGUUAUGCCAGGUGGUGGGAUUGUGAAAAAGUGA